AUGGCUCUGCGACAGACGUGCUGGCAAAGGCUAUGCAGUAACCCGCCGGCGUCUUCUUUCGCAAAUCACUUCUGGCACUGCUUCGCUGCGGUACUGCUUCUCGCCGCGGCGAGCAGCACGAUCGGCGUGAGGCCUGUAUCUGCAGAUUUCUCCCAGCCCAUCGGCGUGUGCUGGGGCCGCAACUCGUGGCAGCAGAUGCCGCCUAAAGCCGUCGUGAAGCUGCUUCAAGACAACGGCAUCAAGCGGCUGAAGCUGUUCGGCGCUGACGUGGACAUUCUGCGCGCGCUGGUGGGCACGGAUAUCGAGGUGGCGGUGAUGCUGCAGAACGAGUACCUCAAUCUCGUCGCCGGCUCGCAGAAGGAAGCUGCCAAGUGGCUCAGCAACAACGUGUCGCCUUUCGUCUUUCCUAAGGGGGCCAACAUCAGGGAGAUAGCCGUGGGAAACGAGCCGUUCCUGCAGGGCUACCAGGGCAUGUACGAGUCAGCCGUGGUGCCAGCAAUGCGAAACAUGUACAGUGCGUUACAGGACGCCAAACUAGACGACAAAAUCAAGCUCACUGUGCCUCUUAACGCGGAUAUUUUGGGAAGCUCCUACCCGCCGUCCUCGGGCGAGGUUCGGGAGGAUUUUGGAGGAUAUUACUGCGAUUGCAGAUAUUUUGAAACAGUCGGGUGGAACGUUCUCGAUAAACAUCUACCCCCUGGCGGGCAGGCGUGGCAGUUCAAGGACCCGAAGAGCGGGCUGAAAUACGACAACAUUUUCGAUGGGGCGUUUGAUGCGGUGGUGGCCGCUCUGGAGAAGAUUGGUUAUGGCGAUCUGCCGAUCGAGAUCGGCGAGAUUGGGUGGCCAUCCGACGGUCAGGGUGACAUGAGGGGCUACGCCACAGUGGAUAACGCCUACCGCUUUAACCAGGCAAUUCUAGCCCACAUGCUGUCAGGACGAGGCACGCCAGCCCGCCCAAAUCAGAUCUUGAGUGGGUAUCUUUUUGCACUUACAGACGAAGACCGGAAGAUUACUCUCGCUGGCCCGUUUGAGAGGCACUGGGGGAUUUUCCGCUCGGACGGGACCCCGAAAUACCCGUUGGAUUUAACGGGCGGCGGGAAGAAUGUCACCCUGAAGAGUGCAACGGGGAUUGUGUUGUAUCCUGGGCGAUGGUGUGUGGCCAAAGAAGGUGCAGACCCGCAGAAAUUGGCAGAUGCGGUGACGUACGCGUGUGGGGAUACGAAGCCUUCGGAUUGCACGCCUGCACAGGUUGGGGGGUCGUGUUACUUUAAUGGCAGCACUUCAAAGGUUGCGACCUAUGCGUUCAAUAGCUAUUUCCAGCUGAAUAACCAGUCGGGUGGGGCUUGUGACUUUAAGGGGGUUGCUGAAGUGGUGCAGAGCAAUCCAACCCAGGAGCAGUGUAGGUAUUUAUUGGGUAUCGAUCAAGCGGCCUCUAAGGCUGCUGGGAUAGGAAUGGGCAUGGGAUUUUGGUACCCUCAUAUUGUUAUUAUUAUUGUAGAGGCACAUGGACAACCCUAA